CCUGCAUGCACGCCACCGGCGCCCCUCUCACCCCGCCAUGGGUAGCCCCCGCGCCUGCAGCAAGCCGCCGGAAAUGCCUCACCUCACUUCCGGUCAGAGGUCCCGUCCCCGGAAGCGGCAGUGCAGAACCCAGGGACCAUGGGCACCUCCAGGCUCUAUACCCUGGUGCUGGUCCUGCAGCCUCAGCGAAUUCUCCUGGGCAUGAAAAAGCGAGGCUUUGGGGCUGGCCGCUGGAAUGGCUUUGGGGGCAAAGUGCAAGAAGGAGAGACCAUCGAGGAGGGAGCCAAGAGAGUCAGGAUCUCACCCAGGCUGGCGUGCAGUGGCACGCUCAUGGCUUACUGCAGCCUCAAACUCCUGGGCUCAAAUGAUCCUCCUGCCUCAGCCUUGGAGCUGCAGGAGGAGAGCGGUCUGACAGUGGAUGCACUGCACAAGGUGGGCCAGAUCAUGUUUGAGUUCGUGGGUGAGCCUGAGCUCAUGGAUGUGCAUGUCUUUUGCACAGACAGCGUCCAGGGGACCCCCGUGGAGAGCGAUGAAAUGUUCCCACACUGGUUCCAGCUGGACCAGAUCCCCUUCAAGGACAUGUGGCCAGAUGACAGCUACUGGUUUCCAUUCCUGCUUCAGAAGAAGAAAUUCCACGGGUACUUCAAGUUCCAGGGUCAAGACACCAUCCUGGACUACACACUCCAAGAGGUGGAUGCGGUCUAGCAGGAGCCUGGGGAGCCCCUGGGCAGGAAACUUGGCUGCUGAACAGCUGCAAACCGUCUGUUCACCUGGGCGCAAGUGGAUCAGAGCUGGGUUUUGUCUGUAGUGUGGAUGGAAAGGAAAAUAAAGGUCUUCAACCUUUGUUUUUUGAA